CAGAGCAGCGCAGCGCGCGACGGCGGUGGCGACGGCUCCGGCAGCGGCUGCGGCCGGGAGCGGAAAGAAGGAGACCCUGGCUUCCCAGGGGGCCCGGCUGGGGCAGACGCUGGGGGGCUGGGGGGGCGCUGGCUUUGGCCCCACCUGGGGCAGGAUGGUGAAUCUGGAGCCCAUGCACCCAGAUAUCAAGAUGAGUGGGGAUGUAGCAGAUUCCACGGACACACGCAGCACCCUCAGCCAAGUGGAGCCAGGAAAUGAUCGGAAUGGCCUAGAUUUCAACAGACAGAUAAAAACAGAGGACCUCGGUGACUCCUUGCAGCAGACCCUAUCCCAUCGGCCAUGCCACCUGAGCCAAGGACCUGCCAUGAUGUCCGGAAACCAAAUGUCUGGAGACAUGGCUUCUCUCCAUCCGCUCCAGCAGCUUGUGCUGGUCCCCGGUCACUUGCAGUCAGUGUCCCAGUUCCUGCUUUCUCAGACCCAGCCUGGGCAACAAGGUCUGCAGCCGAAUCUCCUCCCCUUUCCACAGCAACAAAGCAGCCUUCUCCUCCCACAGACAGGGCCUGGCCUGGCAUCCCAGGCAGUUGGACGUCCUGGGCUGCCAGGAUCCUCUUUAGAACCUCACCUAGAAGCAUCACAGCACCUCCCAGCACCCAAGCAUCUACCUAGUUCUGGAGGGACUGAUGAGCCCAGUGACUUGGAGGAGCUGGAGAAGUUUGCCAAGACCUUCAAGCAGAGACGUAUCAAGCUGGGCUUCACACAGGGAGAUGUAGGGUUGGCAAUGGGAAAGCUGUAUGGCAAUGACUUCAGCCAGACCACCAUCUCACGGUUCGAGGCCCUCAACCUGAGCUUUAAGAACAUGUGCAAGCUCAAGCCACUGCUGGAGAAGUGGCUGAAUGACGCAGAGUCGUCUCCAUCAGACCCUUCCGUGAGUGCACCUAGCUCUUACCCUACCCUCAAUGAAGUGUUUGGCAGGAAGAGAAAGAAACGGACCAGCAUUGAGACCAAUAUCCGCCUGACUCUGGAGAAGAGAUUUCAAGAUAACCCCAAACCCAGCUCGGAAGAGAUCUCCAUGAUUGCAGAGCAACUCUCCAUGGAGAAGGAGGUAGUGAGGGUCUGGUUCUGCAACCGACGCCAAAAGGAGAAGCGAAUCAACUGUCCUGUGGCCACACCCAUCAAAUCACCUAUCUACAACUCUCGACUGGUCUCUCCCUCAGGGUCUCUGGGCCCCCUCUCUGUCCCUCCUGUCCACAGCACCAUGCCCGGAACAGUAACGUCAUCCUGUUCCCCUGGGAACAACAGCAGGCCUUCGUCUCCUGGCUCAGGACUCCACACCAGCAGCCCCACUGCAUCUCAAAAUAACCCUAAAGCAGCAAUGAACUCCUCCUCCAGUUUUAACUCCUCAGGAUCUUGGUACCGAUGGAAUCAUCCCACCUACCUCCAUUGAGACCAAAAUGUUCCUCCCAUUCCACCUGGCCCCAUAUCCCUCAGUGAAAGAAAGGAAGAAGGGAGUUGUGCCUUCCAUGUAUGGACAUUACUUUCAGAAGAGUGGAAGAAAAGCCCCAUUAUGAAUGAACCCACAUUCUUGCCUUCUUCAGGAACAAGGGCCUCCGGAGAGCCAAACUGUGAUUGAACCAUGUGCUGACUCUAUAUGUUCUUGAUAUAUAUAUAAUACCCCCCUGCUGGGAGUUUACCACUUCUCCUGAGCUGAGAGACAGUCCUCAUACUGUUACCUUCUAGCUCUAAAUAUUUGAGAUGUCUUCACUCUGGCAAUAGUCUUUCAGGGAAAGGACUUCUUGCCAUUAUUCUCCAACUCAUCGAUGGGCUUCUAGGGGAAAGCCAUUUCCCUACCACUACAAUGGGAGAUAAUGGCUUUGACUUUGAACUUAGCCACAGCCUAAACUGAUUCCAAACUCUGUGAAAAGGUUUGAAUCAGAUGUCUUCUCCAAAGCCGUGAUGAUUUCUGCAUUCAGCAAAAUUUUUCCAUUGAGUCUCCUUUGCCCUCCUCUUCUUUUUAAUCUUCCCUCUUUUCUAAAACCAAAUCCAUUCAUUCUUGCAUCCUCCAAGUCUCAUCUUUACAGGUGGCCAAGUCAGCUCUGUACCCUGGGUACUUCGGUCUGCCCCUGUUCUGUGUUCUUCUAUUUACUCACAACCAUUCCAGAGUACAAGAGUACUUGUUCUUUCUCUCUCUCUCUGUUUUUCCCUUGGCCCAUCUUCUGUUUCUUCUGGCUGCUGAAAAGGAAGAACCUAUGAGCAAACACACAGCAAUGAUGCUGGUAACAUACUUGUACAUAGUCCUUUCUUCAUUUUACAUUGUGUUCCUUUCUCCUUAGUAUAGAAUUUUCCAGAAAAAGUGUUUAACUCAGGGGUGAAUUUCAAAGACAUCUUUGUAAUAUUUUAUCUUCUUUAAAAAAAAGAAAGGAAAAACUACCAAAGUGUGAAAUAUUUACACAGAGUUUCCCAUAUGGGCUGGGACUCUUUGCUGACUUUUUGGGGGAACAUUAUCUCUAGAGUCUCUUUCUUUGUGGGCCAGUGUGUAGAGUUAUAACAUGAAGCCAUACCUAGAAAUGGUAACAUUUUUUUUAAGACUGCAUAUACAGGAAACUGUUGAGACUCAAAGAAAUCUCUCUGUUUCUAAAUAAAUGUGUAUAGUGAUGAUAUAAACUAUUCUAUUGUUGA